AUGCGUGUACCUAAAGGAGUUAAACCCCCACUUUUUCUACAAUUGAAAUCCCGUUUUCCGUUGUUAGAUUCCAUAACCAGACCAUCACUAGGAACAGUAGCUGUAUUCGGAGUUGUUUUAUUGACAAGUUUUGCUGUUUACGAAGUUACAAUUCAACCAAAAAUUAAUAAAGAUUACUAUAAAGAAUGUCAGAUGGAGAAAAGAAAAUUAUUACAUGGAACAAGGGAGGAUCAUGCUCAAGGAUUACGACCAUGGAGUGAUCCAUUUCAACCACCUAAAUAG